AUGUUAUCCGUUGGUAUUCGAUUUGGAAACGGUUUCGAUAGGGCAAACGUAUUAAAAUUAAUGAAUUCCCUUCCAAUGUCUUGGGAUUACGAUUUUUUAGUUUUAGGAUGCAGCGUCGGAGGCAUUGCUUGCGCUUUGGAAGCUAGUUCGGCUGGAAAAAAGACUGCCAUUGUUAAAUGGAAAAAUUACAGCACAGCCGAAGAAGAAGGUAAAGAAGCUCGAAAGAUAAUGAGUAGAGCUGCAUCAAUGCAAAACACGCUCGAACAAGCAGUAAAUUACGGAUGGAGAGUACGUACAUCGAUACAAUCAUUGACAAUAAAUUGGAAAAAAAUGUCGGAAUUAGUCAUGGAUCAUUUAAUGAAAGAAAAUUGGGAACUUUUAAAUAAAAUAGUUAAAAGCGGAAUUGAAAUAUUGGAGGGAAAACCUUGUUUCAUUGAUAGUCAUACAAUAAAAAUAUCACCGAAAGGAUUUAAAGAUUUUGAAGUGACGGCCAAUUUAAUUUGUGCAGCUCCUUCUGGAGAGUAUUACAUUCCUCAUGAUUUACCUGGAGCAAAAGAAUGUGGAAUUACAUGCGAUGAUUUUAUUAGAUUGAAAAACCCACCGGAAACAACUCUCAUAGUCGGUUCAACUCCAGAAGGUUUAGAAUGUGCAUCGAUUCUUGCUGGAUUUCAACUUUCGGUUUUUGUUGUUUCUCGAUCUGAUUUGCUUAACGGAUUCGAUUUUGAAAUGUCACAAAUGAUAGUAAAAGAACUUAAAGAAAAGGGUGUGAAUUUUUUUGAAAAAACCAUUUUGACGUCUUUGACUUACGGACAGAAUAAAAAAAUAAUGGCAGAGUUUUCUUCGGUGGAAACAUCCGAAGAUGGAUUACCUUUGAAUAAAUUUUCUAAAUUAUUCGAUACCGUUGUUUUUGCCAUCGGUACCGUUAUUUCGUUAGAUUAUUUAGAAUUGGGUAAUGCAGGAAUCGAAAUUGACAUAUUACAAAAUAAAAUUUUAACUAAUCAAUACGAUCAGACAUCGGUGAGUAAUAUAUAUGCUGUGGGUGAUGGAGUAGCAAGUAAUCCACAAAAUAAUGAAAUAGGAGAAAUGGUUGGUAAACUUCUCGGAAGAAGAUUAUUUAAAGAAAGCACGGAGAUAUUGGAUUAUUUUAUGAUACCAAACGCUAUAUAUACCCCUACUGAAUAUGCUUAUGCCGGACUGUCGGAAAAUGCUGCGUUAUACAGGUUCGGUAAAGAAUGUGUUGAGGUUUAUCAAACGUUUUUCUUACCCUCGGAAUCGAUAUCCCUUAAAGACAAAACAGAAUGUUUCGUAAAAGCAGUCGUAUAUAAAACGAAAAAUUUAAUAAUUGGACUUCAUAUAUUCGGACCUCAAGCCAGUGAAAUAAUUCAGGGUUUUGCUGCGGCAAUUAAAUUAGGAAUGACCAUAAAUCAAAUCAAUGCACUUGUCGGUAUAUCGUCUACUAAUGCUAAUGAAGUUGUUAAAAUAUCAAAUCGUUCGAAAGAAGUAAUAAAAUCGUAA